AUGUCUGAAGGAGAAAUCGAAGUCGAGGCCGUUUCCGGCUACCAAGUGCUCCCAAAGGAGGUCACUGAGGAGAUUGGAAGCAUCAAGCUUUUCAACAAAUGGAGCUACGAGGAUGUUGAGAUUCGCGACAUCUCUUUGACCGAUUACAUUCAAAUCAGAGCCCCAGUCUACAUCUCCCACUCCGCCGGUCGUUAUGCGCAAAAGAGAUUCAGAAAGGCCAACUGCCCAAUCAUUGAGCGUCUUACCAACUCCUUGAUGAUGAACGGUCGCAACAACGGAAAGAAGCUCAUGGCUGUCCGCAUUGUUGCCCACGCCUUCGAGAUCAUCCACAUCAUGACCGACCAAAACCCAAUCCAAGUUGCCGUUGAUGCUAUCGUCAACUGUGGUCCUCGCGAAGAUUCCACCCGUAUCGGAUCCGCCGGUACCGUCCGUCGUCAAGCCGUCGAUGUCUCCCCUCUCCGCCGUGUCAACCAAGCCAUUGCUCUCCUUACCAUCGGUGCCCGUGAAGCUUCAUUCAGAAACGUCAAGUCCAUUGCUGAGUGCUUGGCUGAAGAAUUGAUCAACGCUGCCAAGGGAAGCAGCAACUCCUACGCCAUCAAGAAGAAGGAUGAGUUGGAGCGUGUCGCCAAGAGCAAUCGUUAAAUGGUUAUAUUCGGGGAUUUUCUGUGGGGUGUUUCAAUUUGCAUUAUGGAUGGAUGGGCGAUUGGCUGCAUUUCUGUCACAUAAACGACUUUUAUGAAUGCAAAAAGUCAUGACACAACCGGAAUAAUGGAUAUAUGCAUUCAGUGAUUUUGUGCCAUCGGUUCAAGUGCACAAAUUUGUAUGGGACCAUGAGCCUAGGAUGGCUGUAAGGGCUGAUCAUAUGCCAUCUGGUGAUUCUACAGAAUUUUGAUACCUCCAGAUAAAAAGCAAAUUUGAUGAACA